ACUAGGAAGUAGUAUUCCAUUGUAUCAUCCUCAUUACAACCUCUAUCUCUCUCUAUUUCCCUCUUUGUGUAUGUCUAUAUGAUAUUUAUAUUCUAAUUAAUCGAUCUAUGUAUAUACCUGCGGGGCAUCCAAAAUCCUCAUCCACCGCACAUUAUGAUCUCUAUAAGAUGUAUGGUCCCCUAUUGCCUCGAGAGCUCCGCUCGCAACGAGGUAUUAUGUAUGAAGGCUAUACUCCCAGACUCCGCGCAUUUUUUUUCUCCAUCCCAUGUAUUACCCUGUCCGUCCAAUUGCUGCGGAACCGAAAAAAAAAAGAAAGGAGAAAAAAGGAAAAGAGAACCAAGAGGAAGGGGAAGACGGAAAUAAGAAAAGAAAAGAAAAGAAACCCCCCCAAUCAGAUACCCAAGCGCUGUAUGCGUAGGUAGUCUGGCCAUUUAGAGAAAGAAAUAGAUAGAAUGAGAUGGGUAAUUAUAACCACGCUCGCUUCCAGACACGCCCGCUGAAGAAAAUCCAAAUCCAAGGGUGGACAGAAACAGAAACAGAAACAGAAACACAAGAAAUUGUAUAGAAAAUGAAAGAGAGAAAGAAACUCAAUAG